UCGAGAGGUCAAGAAAAGUGAAGAUCAAUGGUGCACUGUGUUUGUAAAUAAGCAUUGUAUUUUAUAACAACAGCGGGAAACAUGGAUACGGCAGGACCAAUUACUGCAAGUGAAAAUACAAAUGAAAAGCAAGGAAGUUGUCUUCUCCUUCGAUAUGCAAGCCAGAAUUCUCUUGAUGAAAGCUCUCAAAAACAUAUACCGUACCCAGGAAGCAAGGAGAAGCCACCCUACAGGAACCACAAUCACACACAGAGAGCAUUUGAUGUAAUGAACGUUAUGAGAAAGCAGAAUUUACUUUGUGAUGUGACACUGGUAGCUGACAGUGUUGAAAUUCAUGCACACAAGAUGGUUCUUGCAGCUUGUAGCCCAUACUUCUAUGCAAUGUUUAAUUCCUUUGAAGAGAGUCGACAGGAACGAAUAACACUUCAAGGCGUGGAUCCAGCAGCCCUUCAACUACUGGUUGAUUAUGUAUACUGUGCUGAAGUCCAUGUCACAGAGGAAAAUGUGCAGGUUUUACUCCCAGCAGCAAAUUUACUUCAGCUGACGUAUGUGCGAGAUGCUUGCUGUGACUUCUUGCAAGCUCAACUUCAUCCAACCAACUGCUUGGGAAUCAGAGCUUUUGCUGACCUCCAUGGCUGUCUGGAGUUACUAAGCCAUGCUGAAACAUAUAUUGAGCAACACUUUCCUGAAGUAGUAGAGUGUGAAGAAUUUCUAACUCUUUCUCCUCAGCAAGUGGCAAAACUGAUUUGCAGCGACAGACUUACAGUUCCUUCAGAAGAAAAGGUGUUUGAAUGUGUAGUGGCAUGGGUACACCAUGAUCUUGAGUCAAGACGUGCACAUUUGGCAGAAUUAAUGGAACAUGUGCGUCUUCCACUCUUGUCACAGGAGUACCUUGUUCAAAGAGUUGAAGAGGAACCUCUGCUGAAAGCAAAUCUUCAGUGUAAAGAUUUUUUAAUUGAAGCAUUAAAAUUCCAUCUACUUAAAGGUGAACAGAAGUUGUUGUUCAAAAGUCCAAGAACGAAACCCAGACAGCCAGUUGGUCUUCCAAAGGUUUUACUGGUUGUGGGAGGGCAAGCACCCAAAGCUAUUCGAAGUGUAGAGUGCUAUGAUUUUAAAGAAGAACGCUGGUAUCAAGUUGCUGAAAUGCCUACACGCCGCUGCAGGGCAGGGCUUUCAAUGAUUGGCGGCCGUGUUUACACAGUUGGAGGUUUUAAUGGCUCGUUAAGAGUUCGUACUGUGGAUGUUUAUGAUGCAUCAUUGGAUGAAUGGUUCACAUGUCCAAGUAUGGAAGCUCGACGCUCUACCCUAGGAGUAGCAGUUUUGCACAAUUGUAUCUAUGCUGUUGGAGGUUUUGAUGGGUCUACUGGUUUGAAUUCAGCAGAAAUGUAUGAUCCUAGAAACCGUGAAUGGAGAAUGAUCGCACCAAUGUCCACAAGACGGAGCAGUGUCGGUGUUGGCGUCGUAAAUGGGUUUUUGUAUGCUGUUGGUGGCUAUGAUGGUGCUUCAAGACAAUGUUUAAGCUCUGUUGAAUGCUAUAAUCCUGAAAUAGAUUCUUGGUCACCAGUCGCAGAGAUGUCUGCACGGAGAAGUGGUGCAGGUGUUGGAGUUCUGGAUGGAAUUUUGUAUGCUGUUGGAGGACAUGAUGGCCCAUUAGUACGUAAAAGUGUUGAGGCCUACAACCCGGAAACACAGAGAUGGACACCAGUUGCUGAUAUGGCGUUAUGCAGAAGAAAUGCAGGUGUGGUCUCGUUGAAUGGUCUGCUGUACGUGGUGGGUGGAGAUGAUGGUUCAUCAAACUUGGCAUCUGUUGAAGUCUAUAACCCAAAAACGGAUUCGUGGUCAAUGCUCCCAUCCUCAAUGAGUAUUGGGCGCAGUUAUGCUGGUGUGGCAAUCAUUGACAAGCCCAUGUGAAGACCAGCCUCAGCCCACUGGCUGCUGGUGCUGCUUCCGCCUUGGACCUCAGGCCAUGCAUCUCCUGACAGGCGGCUGGUCCGCGUGCUGCUGCGUAGGAACUGUGGCCACAGUGAGGGUAGUUGCUCAUCAGAGUGAUAUAACAUGAGGGCUGCAGGACAGCACCUGUAUGUUAUGAUGAGGAGUGAAUUGGUCUGUGAGGUCCUUACUGUCUAUUCUGACAUUCUGUGAUCCUGCAUAAACAGCUGUGUGUGUUCUAUUUGGUUUUGAAUCUCCAUAAUGCUGUAAACAGUAAGGCCAUUUGCACUUAACAAGAGUUCCUAUGCAGUUGUAAGUUAUCUAAUAUGAAAGUCCUGUGUUAUUACAGUCCCAUCUUUCUUUUCAGGGUAAAAAAUAAUUAUUGCUGGUAUAUUGGCAUUUGUUGUGGUCUUAAACCAACACCAUCAUUUACAUUUUGAUAUUUUGUUCUUUUAUUAUAUUUCUUUUUUAAGUAGUAGUCAUAGAGUGGUGGAAAAAAUGUUCCCAUUUAGAGAAACUUUUCUCCCUUGAAGUACAAAUUAUCAGAGCUAUCCCUGUAAACCUAGGCUAAGCAGUUGCAGCUGGAGUGAAAUGAAGUUCAUAUAAGACUCUUCAAGAUCAUCUAUAGUAGUGAUUAGCAUUAAAAUAUCUUAGUCUUUUUUUACUAAAAUAGUUUUGUACAUUCCAUUGUAAAUUUGUAAUUAAAUUUGGGUAAAAUUGUAAGCUGAAUGUCAAGAAUGGGAUUACAUUGUACAAAAGACUGAGUAUAUAAUAAAUGUGAGAAACAGUGUCAUUGCUGUGUGAGGCAUAGAACGCUAUCUUUUUUCCAAAGUUGUAACUUUAUAGUGUUUAAAAACACAACAGCUAUUUUUAAAACUGUGGCCACAUUGGAAUAAUCAGUGGUUUUUGCAGAGCUGCCCAAACAUUUAUUUCUAAUUUUUUUUCUUUAUAUGUUUUCACAAUUUUACUACUUUAUUUAUAGUAAAUGCUUUGCCAAAGCUUCAUAAUUAACAUUAAUAGAUUGCUUUACUUUUGAAAUUUAAAAACCAGUAGUUAGUGGGUCUAAAUUGUAAUAGAUAGAUUGGGAAUAGUUCAAAUGAAAAUGUAUUAAUCAGAAAAAGGAAUCACCUUCAGGAAUUGUUGUCAAAUGUGAUAUGUUCAGUGUUGAAAUUCAGCGUGUAUAGCAUGUUUCCUGUUGCUGGUCAGCAUUGGUCUUGUUUUGUACUCCGCUUUUAUUCAAAUUUGUACUUUUAAUUUUAUUUUAUAUUUUUACAAAUAUUUUGUUUAUUUUGAUUAAUAUUGAUGAAAUAGUGAUUGCCUUAAUUUGAGCUUGGUUUGCUUAGGUGCUUAGUUGUAUGUUUAGCACUACAUCAUUCUAGCACAUGUCUGUGGCCGUUUAUGUAGACGUAAUGUUUGUAACAAGACUGUGUAAAAUUUAAAGUCUCCAAUUCCAACCCAUUCCUCAGUACUGAGGUAAAAGCAAUCAUCACAACACAUCAAAUAAGUGUUUAUAUGUCUUGUAUUCUGUUAACUCAGACAAUGACCAAUACGAUAAGGAAUAAUGUUAAGUUUAUAGUCCUUGUAAAGGACAUAUUACAACUAAGAAUGUGUGAGACAUCGCAUUUACAGGAGUCAUAACAUUUUGAAUUAAAUUAAUGAAAACUCAUUCACACUAUUUUCUUUCACUACCAGACAAACUAGUUAUUGUCAAGUGAAUCUUGGGCAGGUCCCGUUAGUGUAGUAGUUUACUGGUACAUUUUUUUACUCGACUUAGAAAGAUGUUGUGAAUUAUUUUUCCCAGUGGAUGUCUCUUUCCUUUCUGUCUCAUAAAGAAUCAGUUUAUUUAGUUCCCAGAUGCUGUUAUUAAUAUUCAUUUUAUUAUUCACUUUAAUUUAUUUUGUUUUAAAAGAAUAGUACACAGGAAGGAAUGUAGCAGUGUCAUGCAUGUGAUGCAUUUAAUAAAAGUGCUUCAGUGUGAUUGUUCAAAAUCAUUCUAAUAUGUUAUUUGCAAUGUUC